AUGAGUGAACCACGAACCGGUCGAAUUGUUGCUUAUCGGAAUGCCUCAAGAUGGCAGGAAAUCCACGAUAAAGGAUUUGAAUUCUCAGUUAUUUGUCAGUACGAGAGCGUUGAAGACAACGAUUGUCCACAGUACCCUAAGCUAGAGCGGUAUUUUUUUCAGCCACCUAAAAGUAUUUCUGUGAAUAAAGGACAGCAACACUACUGUCUUUACGAAAUUCAGGUUCAUAGUUCACUAUUCAACAGAGUACAGAGAAAUGAAGGCAUUUCUUACGAGAUGGCAGAGAAAUUCUGCGUCUCUGAAAUGUUAGGUUCACUUAUUCAGCCCAGAAGUACCAGUGAGUUCAAACUUUUACAUGAUCUGUUCUUAAAAAAUAUUUCUCAAAUUGGACUGUCUUAUCGCACGGAAGAUAUAUGGCUUUUCGGAGAAUUUGAAAUAAACAGCACAUCCUUUUCUGAAGAUUACAAAGGCGAACCGAAAUUUAAGGCUUGGAAAAGGCCAGGUGAGGAUAAGGAGAUCUUACGGGCUAGUGGGCGUGCUUCCUGUAUUUUUUAUGUACCAAGAGUAACUUGA